AUGUUUGCACGUGAAAAUAAAAUUAUAGAUUUAUUAUUUGAUAUUCAUCUAAAACCAAAUGCAAUUCAUUCAUUAUUAUUACAUUUAUAUAUUGACAAUAGACAACGACAAACAAUUAGUGAAUUAAAACGACUUGAAAGCAGUAUUGAGUGUGAUCUUGUAAUGAUUGAAUGCAGCUACUGGCUCACCAUCGAUGAUGUUCUAUGUGAUAAAGCUGCUACAAAGUCCAUAGUACUGAUUGAGUCAUGA